AUGCACUUCCGAUCGCGCGCGUGGAUAUCCACCACCGUUCACGAAUUCCUCUUCGCCGACGACUGCGCCCUGAACACCACCUCGGAAGAGGAGAUGCAACGAAGCAUGGAUCUGUUCUCCGCCGCCUGCGAGAACUUCGGUCUGGUCAUCAACACACAGAAGACGGUGGUGAUGCAUCAACCGCCACGCCACUCAGCCACAGCCCCCAAUGAGUCGCCGCAAAUCAGCGUGAAUGGGACUCAUUUGCAAGUGGUAGAGAACUUCCCGUUCCUGGGCAGUGCCCUCUCCCGCAACAGCAAGAUCGACGACGAAGUCGCCAACAGGAUCUCGGAAACCAGUCAAGCCUUCGGUAGCCUCCAAAGCACAGUUUGGAAUCUUCACGGACUCCAACUCAGCACGUAGGUGAAGGUGUACAAGGCCGUCAUCCUGCCGACGUCACUGUACGGAGCAGAGACAUGGACGGGGUACGCAAAGCAGGCACGUCGUCUGAACCACUUCCACCUCAGUUGUCUUCGUCGUAUCCUGAGGCUAAAGUGGCAGAAUCGAAUCCCCGACACUGAUGUGCUGGAACGGACGGGAAUCCUCAGCAGCUACAUCAUACUGCGACAAAAGCAGCUGCGUCGGAGCGGCCAACUAGUGCGCAUGGAUGACGAGCGACUACCCAAACGACUCUUCUACGGAGACGUCGCCACGGGUUCUCGCCGUCAAGGAGGCCAGAUUCGCCGUUACAAGUAUACCAUGAAGUCCUUCCUGAAAUGA